AUGUUCCCUAAGGGUAUUCUUUACCGCCUGUGGGCGCCAGUCGCCAACAUCGGCGGUGUCACAACUCAUGGACUGCCAGAGUCCUCCCAGCCGUCACCCGUCAAUGUCCCCCUGCCCAAUGUGUAUACAUUGAAAUGGACGGAGCCUGCCUCGACCGGUAAUGGCGACACGGAUUUCCCACCCUCGGACAAGGGAACCAUCUCCCUCUGUGACCCGCAGACCAAUCCUGCCCUCUACAAAUCUGCUCUUGACACUAUCCGCAUCUCCAAUGAUUUCUUCCUCAAGUCCGGCUGCCGUAACAUUUCCAAACUCGACAAUGGUUGUCCAAAGAAAGAAUGGGUCAUCGACUUGGCCGAGGAAUUCAAGCAAGAGUUCAACGACGAAGGCUUCUGGCUUCCGCCAGACCUACGCACUUUGUGGGUCACCGACAAGGAUUAUCACCCCGCUGACAAGAUCGUGCCCUGGGAGAACAGACUCUGGGUUGUCGCUUGCCGGAAGUUUGCCGAUAUCCCCGACAACAAGAAGAUUCACCUACUUACGCGGACCGAAGCCGAGCAGCAGGACUUGUACGCUGCCUCAUUCUCCGAUGUGAACAAGUACAACGACUUCCUCAUCGACAUGUUCAUGACGUUUCUCGCCCACAAUGAGCGCCACCUCAUCAACGAGAGAUACGGCCUGGACAGACAGCCUUGGAAUGCCGAAAUCGAUGCCUUCUUCCAAGACCCCGCCAACGAAAAGGGCAUCACUCUCUACGACCUUCACCGCACCUUCUACAACGUCGGGGACAUCAAGGCCUUCGUCCGCCGCAUCGAGUAUUUCGCUGUCUUCGAGCCAGCCCCCAAGCCCGCUUUCGGCUCGCUCGACACCCCCGAAGGAGCCUACAUCCGCAAGCCCAUCCCCUCAGUCGCCCAGCUCCAAGAAGCCCUCCACACGCCCAUGAAGUUACCCAAGCUCUUCAAGUCCCUUGCAGAGCUCUACCCACAAUAUGCCCACGGCGUCGGCUCCCAGCAGCAAACGCUCUACCGCCUCCUCGAGAUCGCCGCCCCGGACGUCUCAACCGGAAACUUCAUCCUGAAAGCCACGCCCUGUCCCAACGUCGCUGAGAUCUGGGAUGUCCUGGAAGAAGGCGAGAUGUCGACGGAUGAACUCAUCACCCGCUUUCCGGAUCGCAUCUGGAAUGUGGGGGACUUCGCCGAUCAGAUCUUUGAGGUUGCGUACCCGGGUAGCGGUCCGGGCAUGAGCUGGGUGCGGAUGUUCCUCGACGAACAGGGUGAGCCGCUUGGUGAACAGGCGUCCAGGAAGAUCUAUGCUUUGCAGAAGCUGCUGGGUGAGGACCCUAUGAGGGUGGUUGACUGGGCUCAGAGGGCCGCGACCUGGGAUGGACUGGCCUGGGUUGACGAUUUCGCUGCAUCAGAGACCGAGGAUGAGCCUGAGGAUGAGCCUGAGGAAAAGCCUGAGGAUGAGCCUGAGGAAGAGCCUGAGGAAGAGCCUGAGGAAGAGACUGAGGAAGAGAGCGAGGAAGAGUCCAAGGUCGAGCCCAAGGCCACCACCCCACCAUCCGCGAGCCCGAAGCGCAAGCGAGCCAUCGAAGACAACGGCGAGGAAGUCAUUGUGCAUUCAUCCGACCUUCGUCCUAUCAAGAAGGCCCGCCGGAUCAACCGCCCGGAGAGGUGCCCGGAGAGGUGCGCAUACCCUCAACAAGGUUAG